AUGCAAGUUAAGACCUGGUUCCAAUGCCCUAAAGGCCCGAUGGUCCUAGGUGAAGGACCGAUCUACCGUUCUUCAGAUUCCACCCUACAUUGGUUCGACUGUCUCUCGACCCCGCCGGAACUGUAUAUUCUGUGCGUGGACGCCGACACUGGUGAACCCCUAGGCGAGGUGCGCGUGGUGCCGCUAGCCGAUAGCGUCACGGUGGGAUGUUUCCGCCGGGACAAACCCGGCAGCUACAUCGCGGCGUACUACCAGGGGGUCUGUUUUCUGGACGAACGCACCGGGUCUAUCGAGGUCGUUCGGGAGAUCAUCCCCGCGUCGGAGCGCGACGAGCGACGAUUCAACGAUGGCGGAGUCGAUGCUAAGGGCCGGUUCUGGCUGGCGGAGAUUGACAAACGCGCCAUGGGGUAUGGAGCUAAUCGAUUGCCCCCAUCCUAUGGAAGACCCAAGGGUCGGUUGUGGAGAUACGACCCCGACGGGAGUCUGCAUCUGAUGAUCGAUGGGGGAAUCGUGUGUGGGAAUGGACUUGCGUGGAGUCCAGAUAAUAAAACAAUGUAUUUGAACGACUCGGUGGCCAUGCAAGUGUAUGCGUUCGACUUCGACCUUGCGACGGGAGGUCUCUCGAAUCAACGUAUACUCGUCGAUCGACGGGAUUCCUUCGGGGAACCCGACGGGAUGGUAGUCGACACCCAAGGCAAUCUGUGGAUUGCCGUCUACGCCUCCCACCGGGUCAUGGUCUUCAGUCCCACGGGAGAGCAUCUCCAGAAUGUGGAGUUCUCCGCGAAGAACGUCGCCUGUACGACCUGGGGCGGCCGAGCGCAUGAUAUGAUCUACGUGGCAAGCGGCAUGGAUCGCGGGGAACAUCCGGAUCCAGGGGACGACGGGGGACAUAUGUUCCUGUAUAAGCCGUUGACGGCGAAGGGGCAGCCCAAGUACGAAUUCGGCGGGUAG